AUGGAGAGGGCUCGCGAGCGCGCACUAUACAAGGAGGCCAAAGACAUCAAUGAGUACUAUGGCAUUGUGCAGCAGCCUGUUGCAAACGAUCCUAUCUGCGGCAGCAAUCGCCAUGAAGCGAAAGCCAAUGGUUGUCGUUACGAUCUCAUGGCAUCUCGGUGGUACCCAGACGCAUGCUUUCAUGAGGACGUUCUGGUGCAUUUCUUGAAAGAGGUCGAUUUCGACUGGUACAGAGAUCCAGAACACACCGACCUCGUGUCUGUUGAGACGGCUCUUGCAGGUGAUUACGACAAGCUGUACCCACUCUACGACUUCCAUAUUAUCCAUUGCCUAUACCAGUUCCGUAGACUGCACAUGGCGAUCAUCGAGCAUCGCCAGAUUGACGACGACGUCUUUAGCUACGGACAUACUGUUCAUUGCACCAAGCUUAUCAUGCAAUGGCCGACGGAGAUCAAAUACGGCAAGAACACUACUACGCAGUCUCCGUCGGAUGUUUCGUACUGCAUCAAGCCGUUUCUUUGA